CUACAUGACUUACAAACAGAUGAGCAUAGGAAGAGAGAGAGAGAGAGAGAGAGAGAGAGAGAAAGAGAGAGAGAGAGAGAGAGAGGAAAUAUUCUUUUGUAGUUUCUUGGUGUUUUCCUUCAAGAUUCAAACAAAGCAGGAAGAAGGGUGAGAUUUUAGGGACUUGGAAACAAGCUUUAAUUUCUGGGGUUUCUUUGUUUUCUGGGGAAGUGUAGGGUAAUCUAGGAGUUUUGUAUGUUAUCAUCCAUUUAAGCUUUUGUUUUUUACUUUGUUUUGGUUGGUACUGUCUCGUCUUCUCAGUUUUUAUUCUUUUGGUUGAGCUAAGCUAGCUAGUUCAGGACACACACACACAAACACACCGGCCAAGUUACUUCCAAUUCAAUCACUUUCUUAAUGAUGUCUGAUGAUGGCCUUUCUUCAAUCCCCUCCACAAUCAGAGGGUUCAUUCAGCAACCCAAUCCAAACCCUAACCCUAACCCUAACCCUAAUCCAAUAAAGAGGAAGAGAAACCUACCAGGAACACCAGAUCCAGAUGCAGAAGUGAUAGCUCUUUCACCAAAGUCUCUCAUGGCGACGAAUCGAUUCCUGUGCGAAAUUUGCAACAAGGGUUUCCAGAGAGACCAGAACUUGCAGCUACAUCGACGAGGUCACAAUCUGCCAUGGAAGCUGAAGCAAAGAACCAACAAAGAGGUGAGAAAGAAGGUGUACAUCUGCCCGGAGAAGAGCUGCGUGCACCACGACCCUUCCAGAGCCCUCGGUGACCUCACCGGAAUAAAGAAGCAUUUCAGCAGAAAACACGGUGAGAAGAAGUGGAAGUGCGAGAAAUGUUCGAAACUCUAUGCAGUUCAGUCAGACUGGAAGGCCCAUAGCAAGAUUUGUGGGACUAGAGAGUACAAAUGUGAAUGUGGAACAAUCUUCUCCAGGAAGGAUAGCUUCAUCACCCACAGGGCCUUUUGUGAUGCUUUAGCUGAAGAAAAUGCAAGGUUCACUUCAUUUCCAACAAGCUUGAACUUCAGAAAUGAUCACUUGAUUAGUGGGAGUACAAUUAGUACUAACACUGAUCCUCAAGCUGCAGCAAGAAAUCCCCAAUUUUCAGCAGUGUUUGGGCAGCAGAAUGUGGAUGGGCACAAGCCUAGGUUACCACUGUGGUUGGACCACACCAAUUCUCAUCUCGACAAUAUUGGGAUGGCAAGUAAUCCGAAUAAUUACCAAACAUCUAGUUUGCCUGAAUUGGUGCAAAUGGCAACUACAAACAUGUUUGGAUUAUCGUCACAACGGCUAAAUAGAGGCCAAGAAGUAGCAUCAUACAACAAUGCCAACAAUCUCUCCUUAUCGGCGUUGUCUGGGGGUUUGAAACUGGAAGAAGAGGACAGAAGUAAUUUUUCAGAGACCAUGGAUACGUUGUAUUACAAUAACCAGAAUCAGCAAGAAGCCCUGGCUCACAUGUCCGCGACUGCAUUGUUACAGAAAGCAUCCCAAAUUGGAUGUACAAGGAGCAAUUCAGCACUCUUGGGCACCAAGUUUGGUCUCAUGAGCUCGUCUCUCUCGAGCCAGCCCGAGAACUUGAAUGAAUUAAUGAAUUCUAUGUCUGCUUCAAUACCAGACGCUAGUAUUAAUGAAAAUGGGCUUGUGUUGGGUGAUCACAUGAAGUACUCAACAUCAUUAGUGGGUGACAAUGCGAGGAAUUUGGACCAUAUGGUGAUGAUGAUGAGAAGCAAUGGACAGCGAAUCGAACCGAGUCGUGAUGAAGCUGAAACAAGCAUGACCAGAGAUUUUCUUGGCGUGGGAGGUGGUGGCGGUCAACCAGGAAGGCCCUUGUUGCAGCAAGAGUUAGCCAAGUUUGCGUCGAUGGGUUCCACCAUGGACUUAAGCCAAUACUACAAUGGAAAUUAAUCAAUGAUAUUUUUUUUAGUUGAUACUCAUACACAUGCUUCCAUCGAAACUCGAACUCCUUACUUCUCCUUGAAAAGUAGAAGCUCGGUACCACUAGGUCAGUGACCUGUUGGUAAAAUUAAUAAAUGAUAUUCUCGGAGAUGGUUUAGAGUUUUAGUUUGUUAAUCCCUUGAACAUUAGCUUAUAAUAGAUGGUUCAAUGGGAGGAGAGGAGAGCUGCAUGUUGUAAGAGACAUAGUAAAAAGCGACUUGGUACGCGUUCCUUUAGUAAUAUGCAUCCAUUAUGUCCGUGUUAAGGUACUCUCUUUUGCUUAUCCUAUAUUUUCAGGUUAAGAAUAAUUAAGGAAAAUUAUUUUUAGUCCGAUCAAUUAAAAUAAUUUGUUCGACCAAUCACUUUUAAUUAUGUGAAACACAAUAGUACCACCCCGGCAGCUGGAUUAAAAAUUUGAGGAAAGAAAAGAGUUGACUGAUAACCGUACUGUAACAGGACCACUGCAUGUGACAAAUUUCUGAAGCUAAAAGGCAUGAGCUCAUUGGAUUUUGAAUAAGGUGUUGUGCACGAAUUCGCACAUGCACGAUGCCCAUGACUGUGAUGUGCUCGGUGUAUCAAGCACAUAAAAUAUCUUUUGGAGACAAGAAUGAUGUGUUGUAUUAGAUCAACUCUUUGCUUUCAUUGCACUGAUUGGAUUCCAAAAGUAUAUUAA